AUGGCGCCACAGUGUACCACGCCGAAACCCAUUUUGGAGCUGGUUGCUGCAACACAGGAGCCGAAUAACACGAACGAGCAUCAUCCGGAAAACGAUACGAUUAUUCAAAGCGUCACUCUGCAGAAACCACCGACCAUCGAAGAAUGUAAAGUAUUGGGUAAACGAAAAUCGACCACAGAGCCCAACCCACCACUAGACCAGCAGCAAGCCGCCAAACGACCUAAGAAAGUGUUUCCCUAUGGCAACUACGAUCGUUACUAUGGCUACCGGAACUACAAUGCAUCGCCCGCCGAAGACCCGCGGCUGGAUGCGUUCGUGCAGCGUCGUGAGCUGUUUUGCGGCAAGCGCAUUCUCGACGUCGGAUGCAACAAUGGCGCCCUGACGGUGCAACUGGCGGUCACCUGUGAACCAGCGUCCAUCGUUGGGCUCGACAUCGACGGUGCACUAAUUUCGGCCGCUCGUAGGCACUGGAAAAUGGCACUCAUGAACGGAGUGAAGCUGCCGGGAAGUGGCGAGAAGCGGUAUCCAUUAAACACCCGGCAGGUGGAGUUUCUGCGGGCGAACUACAUAUACGAGGAUCCGGCUCUGCUCGAGGCCGAAAGACCCGCAUUCGAUGUGAUACUGUGCCUUUCGGUGACGAAGUGGAUGCAGCUAAACUUCGGAGACGCUGGACUGCGGUUGGCCUUCCAGCGUAUGCACCGACAGCUACAUCCCGGUGGUUUGCUGGUCCUAGAGGCGCAACCUUGGAGUAGCUACAAGCGGCGGAAAAAACUCACCGAAACCAUCGCUAGCAACUACCCCCGUAUCAAGCUUCUACCGUCCAUGUUCCAGCAGUACCUGCUCGGCGAUGAGGUGGGCUUCGCGUCUUGCACAGACAUCCCCCUGACCGCCGGACACGGUUCGUCCAAAGGUUUCCAGCGACCGAUUCAGAUCUACACCAAGCGUGCUACGUAGGGAAUCGCCCCCAAAACAGGUAACGGAAGGAUGUGUGGCCCGGAGA